AUGAAAUUGUUCAUUGCUUCCUGCUUGUUCGCUGCUGUUGCGGCUGGACGUUUGGAGAACACUUAUUUACCUCCAGGUAAUGCCCCAAGCGCUGGUGGAAAUGGAAACUUCUUGAACGCUCCUUCUGCUAAAUAUUUACCAGCCAACACCAACUCGCAGUUCGGAGCUUCCAGCAGGAACAACUUUGGUUCUCAAGGAUUCCCAUCGGCUCCAUCCACUCAAUACGGAACUCCUUCCAACAACGGACAUUUCGCUCAAUCCAACAACUUCGGGGCUCAAGCCCCGUCCACUCAAUACGGUGCUCCAACCAAGAACUUCGGUGGUCAAUCCAACAUUCCUUCCGGUCAGUACGGAGCCCCAACCAAGUACCAAUCCGCUGAAGCCGGUGCUGCCAUCCUUCGUUUCAACAACCAAAACCAAGGAGAUGGAUCAUACAAAUUCGAAUUCGAAACCGAGAACAAAAUCUCCCAGCAAGAAACCGGUGAAUUGAAGAACGACGGAUCUCAAGAAGGAGCUCAAUCCGUUCAUGGAUCUUACUCCUAUUUGGGAGACGAUGGCAAAACUUACACCGUCAACUACGUCGCCGACGAGAACGGAUUCCGUCCAGAAGGUGAACACAUCGCCGAAGAAAUCCAGACUUUGGCAAAGAACGCCGCUCAGGUCGGUGCUCAAGGAUACGACAGGAAUGCCCAGACUUACAGCAACGGACAAUCACAAGGAUUCUCUGCUCAUCAAGGAAACCAAUUCCAAUCUGGUCCAGCCAAGCCGAGUUUCAACCAACAAUCCGGAUAUCAAUAUUAA